GCUAAAAUCUUUUAAUUCAAAUGAAAUUCUUGGAGAUUCAAUUAAAAUUAAUAACAUUCAUAAAAUUCAUUCAUAAUGCCGUCGACAGAUCGUGUUGCCAAGGUGGUGCUGGUGGAUAUUGAAGGCACCACCACAUCCAUCAGCUUUGUGCACGACGUUCUGUUUCCCUACGCCAAGAAUAAUGUAAAAAAGUUCCUCGCAGAAGGAUGGGAAAGCAGCUCCGAGAUCAAACAGAUUGUCCAAGAGCUGCAACAGGUGCCACAGUAUGUGGAAUACACCAGCACGUUUCGUGUUCCUCCAACGGAAAUGGAUGUGCAGAUCAUCGCAGGCUUUGUGCGUUAUCUGAUUGACAAAGAUCUGAAGGUGACGCCGCUGAAAACGCUCCAGGGCCUUAUCUGGCAGCAGGGCUACGAAACCGGCGAACUCAGGGGCCAUGUCUUUGAGGAUGUGCCUGGCGCCUUUGCCGCUUGGCGGGAGGCUGGCCUUCGGAUUGCCGUCUACUCUAGCGGCAGUGUGGCCGCCCAGAAGCUAAUCUUCAAGUACAGCAUUGCCGGGGACCUGCUGACCCAUCUCAGUGCACACUUUGACACCCAUGUGGGCCACAAACAGGAGACGCAAUCGUAUGUAAACAUCGCCAAAUCCUUAGGCGAAGAUCCACGCAACAUUCUCUUCCUCACGGAUAUUCCUGGAGAAGCUGCCGCUGCACGAGCCGCUGGUCUACAGGCAAUUAUGCUCCAGCGUCCAGGCAACGCUCCCCUGACCGAUGACCAGAAGAGCGGGCAAGAGCUGAUUGCAGACUUCUCCUCGCUCCACAGCUUGCAACUGCCCGAAUAAAGAGCUGCCGCGGCCGGGUUCAUCCAAAAAA